AUCAUCGGCAACGGGCGAUCGAACGAUUUAGAACAAUCUGCUUCUUCUGUCUUCCUUUGCUAAAACUGUUUGUACAUAUGAUAUUCGAAAUAUUAUACCUCUCAUUUAUUCUUCGACCACUAAUCCUAGUCUGUAUUAAUAAUGAAAAUAACAAAUAAGAAGAUUAAUAAUAACAACGAGGUUUCAUUGUGCGUGUAUACGUUCAUAAAUGAAUUGAGCGAGUAGUGCCAAGGAAUCCGAAUUGCCCAAUGUUGGGCGCCUGCGCAGGACCACUUCCGGUGCGGCACUUGCCUCCCUGGUUCGUCGCCCUCGUGACCAUCGGCCGCGGCCCGUCCGCCUCUCGCAGCAUGUGGUGGGGUCUUCACCUUUACUCAUAAAUACAACGACACUGAACCACUAACAAAGCCAACGCGCGACUGCAUUUGCUUGUCGAAGCUCUUCCUACCAACACGGCGCUGCUACGUCCAAGAUGGGCAGCAGUUUCGUUAUUUGUCAGUUAGUUGUAUUGGCGAUCCUCGUACUUGCGGUGAGAAACUGCCAGGCGCUUGUUCUUCAGGGUACGAAUGCAGAUGCCGAGUAUCUGAGUGCUGCCACAAAAGAUGCACAUGAGCGAAACAGCAAGACAAACAAAGGCCAACAGCUAAGCUCCAUAGUAACGGUUGGAGAGUCGCGGCAAGCAAGUUCAGCCAGCGCUAACUCCUCUACAUCGAGUAUCGCCUCGCAAGUGAGUUCUGCCCUCAGUCAAAUUGACCUCGGUUUCGGCUAUUAUAAGAUGUGCCCUUUUCCCUUCUCCUAUUUGCAUCAAUGUGAAGGUUCGUCUGAUUGUCCAGGUAGUGAUUGCUGCGGCAUGUACGCCUUUCCAGGACCCAACCGCUGGAGAAGGUCGUGCUGCGUACCUGACAGUGUUACAACGAUCGCACGAGUGGCGAGCCUCUGCAUUAAGAGUGCCGAAAAACCUGGUGACGUACCUGUAAGUAAUACUCGGCCGUUGAUUCCUAGCGCAUCCUCAGUGCUUCAGAAUGUUGUAGCCCAGGCACUCGGAGUCGGAGAUAGUGGUUCGGAUGAUGAUGACGAGGAUAUCAAGAAACACUGAGAGCAUGCGGUAAAUUGGCACUACAGAAACAACUAAGCACCAGUCAACGAGAGUCGGACACGACCCAACUGGGUCAUUCAAAUCGUAUAUCAGACAUGCACAAGAUUUCUGCCGCCAGCUAUUUAGUUGAUAGCAAAGGCUAAAGCAGGAAAAAAAAUCGUUGGCCUCGGCCAAACGGCCGAUGAUAGGGAUCGUCAGGCUUUCUGUUUGAAGUAAUUUGUGCUUAAGAUCGAGGAAACAGAAGGACACUGUAGCCAGUUAAUCAGUUGCCAGUUGACAAGGCUUUUGAUAGUGUUUAUGUUAUACUCUGAUUCCCUGAAUGGCUCGGUGGCUCAGCUGCCCACCUGGCUUACACCUGGUGUCUUGUACAUUUUAGAUAUAGAAGAAUAUAUUUAUAUGGAAGAUAAUAUUUAAUAUUAUGUAAUAAAGUAAUAAACUUACUUUUCCUGCUCCGAUGUUUUCAAUCCGGU